AGGAAAAACAAGACUGAACCAGACAUCUCGGGCUCCCUUCCCAGUCCCCAUGGGAUCCUCCUCGCCUUCCCCGUCGCCGGAGCCGCCGCAGUCGUCCGCUCCUGCCGGUGGAGCCUCCAAUGCCAGCCUGCGGUGGCACAUCCUCCGCCGCGCCCUGCUCUCUCGCUCCGCCUCUCCCCACGCAUCAGAGGGAACCUCUAAGGAUCCGCAGGAGAAAGGUGAUACCAACAAAAUUUCGAGGAAGACAUCGCGUGGUUUUAAUCUGAUCAAGUGUCACACAGUGCCAAUUUCACAGCUAAAUAAAUCACAAGGAGAUUCAUUAAAUAGAAAUGAAAAUGGUGUUGAAUGCCAAAGAGAUGUCUGUGUUUGUUAUAAGCUGCCCUGUGGUGGUUCACCGGAACUUAAUGUAAUAUACAGAAGAGAUGAUUCCCUUGAACUAAAUGACAUUGAAGCUUCCAACCGAUUUAAUAUUGACACUACUGGACUUGUUGUUGGCCGUCUGAAGAGGUCCUUGCCUUCUACUGUAUCAACCAUUCAGAUAUGUUCAGAUAUUCCACUUGUCCUGGACUUGAUUCGGGAGAUUUCAACCCACAGUUCUAGGUCUAAAAGGGUGCUUGAACUUGGAGCUGGUUACGGAUUGGCGGGACUUGUUAUUGCAGCCAGUGCAAAUGCUGGCGAGGUUAUUAUUUCUGAUGGAAACCCACAAGUAGUUGGAUAUAUUCAACAGAACAUGUCGAUCAAUGCAAAAACUUUUGGUCAAACGAAAGUUAAACCUAUGACACUGCAUUGGGAUCAAGAGCAAGCUUCAGACAUGUUGAACUCUUUUGACAUCAUUGUUGCAAGUGACUGUACAUUUUUCAAGCAAUUCCAUCAAAGCCUUGCCUGGACAGUCAAAUCUUUGUUGAAGCAUUCGGAGACCUCGCAGGCUAUCUUUCUGAGCCCAAGGAGAGGUGAUUCACUCAACAAGUUCCUAGAAACAAUCAAAGAAUAUGGUUUAUGUUAUGAGUUGAUAGAGAAUUAUGAUCCCACUGUCUGGAAUCUGCACGAAAGCUAUGUGGCAGGAGAUGACACAUCGUGGCCCAACUAUAAUGAGGAGCAUUGCUACCCUUUGUUGGUCAGAAUUACUUUUGGACAUUUUGAUUGAUCUUAGAUGCGUUCAUUUUGUAUGCAUUAGCAUUAUGUGUUAGUUAUUCUUCACUAUGAAAUACAACAGUGUGAUAUCUGUAACUGAAUCUUAGUUGAGUUUUUCCAUGGCAUCGUUCCAUUUUCUCGAA